CGGACUGCUCGACUUCAGUUUGACAAUUGAUUCCAAGAUGGUGUUGCUUUAUCAAGCAGCACUGCUACUUCUCCCACUACUUGGGUCUUUCUCUCAUGCCGUCCAGACCAAGGACUAUCCUUCCACCUGCACCGAUCCCUGUCUCGGUAUUACCCCCGAGAAUGGUACCAACAUAUAUUGCGACUACUGCAUCUGCAACAAUCGGCUGCUUGGCCAGGUCAAUUUCAACGCCACCGGCAACUGGACCGAGCUGUUUGAGGACUACGUCCCAUUGGACAGCCAAUGUCCCCAAGACUGGCUCUGCACCUGGGCCAACUGGACACAGACCGGCUUCAACAGCACGGUUCUCUACCCACCCAACGACGGCUUCAAAGGCUGUCCCAAAGCCGGUAGCCCCAGUGUUGGGGAUUUCGUGGACCGCUUCGGGUCCGAAUACGGCAGCUAUCUUGCCCCCGCGGGGGUGCCGUUCGCGGCGAGAUCCAUUCCGCCGGGGAAUUUGAAUAAGUUUGAUGGCAGCACCCAGUACAAUUACUGGAAGUUUGAGGUCAUGGCGGAGUUUGAUGCCCUGGAGGGGGAUAUUCUGCCGUGGUUUGGUCAGCCCGGAGGUGGAAAACAGUGGUAUGUGAAGAGCGGGUUGAGAGACUUGGUGAAUAAUGGCACGCUUCGUCUGGUGGUGGCGUCCACUUAUGAUGGUCCGAAGCAGGAUGCGUGGGAUAGCUUGAGCGCGCUGCAUGGACCUAUGAUGAUGUAUCACUAGAGAUAUUCAAGAGGUUGGUGUGUCUAUAUAUCGGUGAGAAGAACUUUCUACUAUUGAUCAGGUGUGAUACACG